AUGAGCAAUAAGAAUGUAGAUAUUUUAUUUAAUCCUUUAUAACUUGGGGAGAUUUUAAUUAAUAAUAGAAUAAUCAUGUCUUCUUUAACUAGAAUGAGAUGUGAUAAAAUAACUAAAGCUCCAAAUAAUUUAGUGGCUGAAUAUUAUUCUUAAAGAGCUUCUGCAGGUAUGAUCAUAACAGAAAGUACAUUUGUAAGUGAGAGAUCUUACAGUUGGCCUGGUUGUCCUGGAAUAAUGGAUUAGACAUAAGUGGAAGGUUGGAAAAAAGUCAUAGAAGCAGUCCAUGAUAAAAAAGGGAAAAUUUCAUUAUAGAUUUGGCAUAGUGGUCGUGCUACUCAUUCCUAAUUGUAAUAAGGGCUUUAACCAUGGGCACCAUCUGCUAUAGCUAUAAAUGGUCCAAAUGAUAUUUUGAAUAUUCCACACGAGAUUCCUCAUGAAAUGAAUUUAGAUGAAAUCUAAUUAGUUAUAAAUUAAUUUAAGAAAGGAGCAUAUUUAGCUAAAGAAGCAGGUUUUGAUGCUUUAGAAUUACACGGAGCAAAUGGUUAUUUGAUUGAUUAAUUUUUAAAAAGUAAUAGUAAUAAAAGAAAGGAUUCAUAUGGAGGUUGUAUUUAAAAUAGAUGUAAAUUCUGUUUGGAAGUGAUAGAUGAGUUAAUUUCUAUUUUUGGAAAAGGAAGAGUAGGUAUCAAGGUAUCUCCAAUUGGUAGAUUUAAUGAUAUGUAUGAUGAGGAUCCUAUUGAACUUUAUACUUAUUUAUUUUAAGAAUUAGAUAAAAGAUAGAUUGCAUUCAUAGAACUGAUGAAUGAUAAGGAUGAGGAAAAUGCUUAUAAUUAUGGAUUACCAUCAUCAUAAUCUUAAACCUAGAAUUUAUAUGAGAAAUUAAGAAAAUCCUUUACAGGUGUUAUAAUUGGAAAUGUUGGAUUAAAUGCAGAAUCAGCUGCUGAAUUAAUACGAAAUGGAUUAAUUAAUGCUGUUAGUUUUGGUAUUCCUUAUGUUUCUAGUAUAUUAUUUUAACAAAAUAGACCCUGAUCUAGUAGAAAGGAUAAAAUUUGAUUUACCUCAUACAUAAGCAAAUCCAGAUACAUUUUUUUAAGGAGAUUAAAUUGGAUAUACUGAUUAUCUUCCAUUUUAAAAAUGAUUAAAUAUAUUCAGG